AUGGGCGCGUUGACGAGUAGUUGUCAGUCGGAGGAGGUCCGAGAGCAAAUGGCCAAGAGUAGGGCCAUUGAGAAGCAGUUGAAUCAAGACAAACGAGCUGGGUCCUCUAUUAUCAAGUUGUUGUUGUUAGGUAGGUAAAGUACGAUAUUAUUGUGGGAUUUCUGCGUAAGGAAUUGCUUUUUAAAGAAAGUUUUUGCCAUUUUUUGUUUUGUAAAGAAAGUUCUUGUCAUUUUUUAGUUUGUAAAGAAAGUUCUUGCCAUUUUUUGUAUUGUAAAGAAAGUUAUUGCCAUUUUUUGUUUUGUAAAGAAAGUUCUUGUCAUUUUUUAGUUUGUAAAGAAAGUUCUUGCCAUUUUUUGUAUUGUAAAGAAAGUUAUUGCCAUUUUUUGUUUUGUAAAGAAAGUUCUUGCCACUUUUUGUAUUGUAAAGAAAGUUAUUGCCAUAUUUGGCGCAUAGAAUGCUUUUUUUAGGCUAGCAGGCUGCGGGGGACAAUUUAUACGAUCGAUAUUGUAGUAAAAAGAUUUUUUUGAUUGUAAAGAAAAAUUUUUGCUUUUUUUCGAUUUGUAAACAAAGUUUUUGCCAUUUUUUACUUUAUAACGAAAGUUUUUGCUACUAUUUGAGUUAAAAACGAUUUUUAACUGAAAAAUAUAAAGCACAAACCACGCUGAUAACUCUAAACAAAACUUCUGCUACUCAACGUAUUAUAAUCUUGCAAUCUUUUGAUGAUUGACAUUUACAUUGUUUAAAUGCCAAUUCAAAACAUUGGCGGUAAUUAGCCAAUUUUUGUAAUGAUUAACUGUUAAGGCCAAUAAUUACUCAGUAAAUCUUUUAAUUGUAUUAUUUUGACUGCUUCUAAAGUGCCCUAAUUGCAACAUUGUGACAAAAUUGUCUCGCCUACUUGAAAUGUUGAAUAUUUUUUAAUUAUAAUAAAACGUUGUGAAAACUUUUACAAGUUUCAAAAUGGCAAGAACUUUCUUUAAAAAACAAAAAAUGGCAAGAACUUUCUUUACAAAACAUAAAAUGGCAAGAACUUUCUUUACAAAGAUUAAAUUAACUAAAACUUUCUUUCCAUAACAGAAAAUGGCAAAAACUUUCUUUUCAAAACAUAAAAUGGCAAGAACUUUCUUUACAAAGCAAAAAAUGGCAAGAACUUUUUUUUUAAAUUUCAAAAAAGUUUUUCUGCUUAUAACUUGUUGCUCGCAGUCUACACGUUACACGUUUUGCAAGUCAAAUCGUUUGUUGCGGGGCCUAGACUGUUUCUUUAAUGUCUUACUGUUAGUUUGGGCUCCGGCUUUACGCGUGUCGGCCUUGUCUUUUUCAAAUAUGUCUUGGCCUGACCUAGCUUUUCCUAGGGUUUGGCGUGCAGGAACGGGUCUAGUGGGUUUACUUUUAGGUCUGGUACUGCAUACUAAUGAAAAAAACGCAACAAAUUUUGAAAAAAAAAUUUUUCGUUUUAAAUUUUAAUUUUUCAAUUCUUCCAGGAGCCGGAGAAUGUGGCAAAUCGACAGUCCUAAAACAAAUGCAGAUUCUCCACUCAAACGGCUUUACCGAAGAAGAGAUAGCCGAACGGAAGGCCGUAGUCUACUCCAAUACCGUAACCUCGAUGGCAGCCAUUCUUCGUGCCAUGGACAACGUAUUACAUAUACCGUUGGAGGAUUCGGCACGCGAAUCCGACAAACAGAUUGUGUACCAAGUGGUCGAAGCGGGCCAGGAACAGGCCGCCUUCAGCGAUGAAGCGGCCAAAGCACUGAUAAGCUUGUGGAAUGAUAAGGGAGUGCGAAAGGCCUAUGAUAUGAGGUCCGAGUAUCAGUUGAACGAUUCUGCUAAAUAGUAAGUUUAGUUUUGUACAGUUUAACAAAAAAUGGCAAGAACUUUUUUUACAAACCAAAAAAUGACAAGACCUUUUUUUACAAACUAGAAAAUAGCAAGAACUUUCUUUACAAACUAAAAGAUGGCAAAAACUUUCUUUACAAUACUAAAAAUAGCAAAAACUUUUUUUACAAAACAAAAAAAUGGCAAGAACUUUCUUUACAAGACCAAGCAAGACCAAAAUUUUUAAAGAUUCAUCGUAUAACUUGUCCACUGCAGCCUGCGAACCAAAAACUUUCUAGAAAAGCUAUUACCUCAAUAGAAACGGCAAGAACUUUCAAUACAAAUCAAAAAAUGGUAAAAACUGUCUUUAAAAGUAGUCUUUUGAAGUAAUAUAUACGUACGGUCACCUUUUUGAACGAGAAAAUCUAUCUUACACUGUGGUUAAAAAACAAUAUAGUUUUAUGGCCUCGAGGGGUUAAUAAUCGUUUUGUGCAAAUUGCAACCUUUAAACUUGCUUCUUUUUGGUUUUACUGCCAUUUGUAAAGUUGUUGUUUGGUCAAAAAGUUGUUAGAAUUUUUUUUUGUUUAAUAUUAAUAUAGUUAUUACCAGCGUUUCAAAAAUUUGUAGUAUUGUAGGGUUUAAAAAGUCUUGUCGUCGAUUUGCAUUGAGUUGCACGGUCAAAAACGACAAGACUUUUUAAAAUCUUCAUAUUUAAAUUUAAGGCCAUAAAAAUUAAAAUCCACGUUAUUUUUGUAUUUUUAACGUUUUAAAAUGCUCUUUUUUCAGCUUCCUAGACUCAGUAUCACGAAUACACGAACCCGGCUACAGACCCUCCGAACAGGAUAUCCUCUACAGUCGUGUAGCCACAACCGGCGUUGUUGAAGUCAAGUUCAAAAUCAAAGACUUGGACUUUCGAGUGUUCGAUGUGGGAGGUCAGAGGUCGGAACGUAGGAAAUGGAUUCAUUGCUUUGAUAACGUGGAAUCGAUCAUCUUCAUCACGGCUGUCAGCGAGUACGAUCAAGUGCUGUUUGAGGAUGAAACCACGGUAGGUUGUUGGAAUUUUUUGAUGAGUUGAGUUGAGAAGUAUUUGGAGGGUAUUAUUUUUUAAUUUAGUUGUCAGAAACUAGUAAUUUAUUAUAUGUUGGGCAAAAUCUUGUGAAAAAGCGAUUUUUAAAAGUUUUAUGUACAUAGAAUAUUUAUUUUUUAACCUUUUUCUUAGCCGCGUCAAAAAGAUUGAACUUUUUUCCUAUACAAAUACAUUAAAAAUCGAUCAAUUUUUUUUGGCGCGCUUUAAAAACUUGGCAUUUAAAGUUGAAAAUAAUGUCAUUUUAAGUAAGAUACGAUAAAAUAUAACAUUUUAAAUCAUUUACAACAAGAAUAUUACCAUUUCCAAUAAAUUGAAUCAAAAAUAAUGUCAUUUUAAACAAGUUAUGGCAAAUAUUAGGUGCCGACAUAAACAACCCGCCAUACUUUACAUGUAAUUUCCUGAAAAAAAUGGCGGGUUCUAUAUGUCAGCAUUUAAUAUAUGACAUUUUAAAUAAACUAUGACAUUUUUCAUUUACAGAACCGAAUGGUGGAGUCGAUGCAACUGUUCAGUUCAAUUUGCAACAGCUCCUGGUUCCUAAACACUGCGAUGAUAUUGUUCAUGAACAAAAAAGAUUUAUUCGCCGAGAAAAUCCAACGAGUUAACAUUACCACCUGCUUCCCGGAUUAUGAAGGUAAGCUCUUGCCAUUUUAUGGUUGUAAAGAAAGUUCUUGCCAUUUGUUGGUAAGUAAAGAAAGUUUCUGCCAUUCUGUGAUUUGUAAAGUACGUUCUUGCGAUUUUUCGUUUUGUAACGAAAGUUAUUACAGUUUUUUGAUUUGUAAAGAAGGUUCUUGCCAAUUUAUGGUUUGUAAAGAAAGUUCUCGCCAUUUUUUCUUUUGUAAAGAAAGUUCUCGCCAUUUUUUCUUUUGUAAAGAAAGUUCUUGUUAUUUUUUGCUUUGUAAAGAAAGUUCUUGCCAUUUUUUGAUUUGUCAAGAAAGUUCUUGCCAUUUUUUGUUUUGUAAAGAAAGUUUUUGCAACUUUUUGUUUGUAAAGAAAGUUCUUGCCAUUUUUUGUCAUGAAGGAAGCUUUUUUUCAAAUUUUGAAGGCUUGCAGGCUGCGGGAAACAAGUUAUACGAUUGAUAAGGAAACUUAAAGAUUUUUUGUUUUGUAAAGAAAGUUUUUGCAAUUUUUUGUCAAUUUUUAGGCUUCGAAUGAAAACUUUUUAAAUAAUUUUACAUUUUGUCAUUCCAGGCGGCCAAAACUACGACGAAGCGAUAAACUUUAUCAAAAUGAAGUUCGCCGAACUAAACCAACACCCGGACAAGAAGACGAUCUACAUGCACGAGACGUGCGCCACCGACACGAAUCAAGUACAAAUGGUCAUUAGCAGUGUGUGCGACAUGAUUAUCCAGAAGAAUCUACAAAAGGCUGGUAUGAUGUGA